GUUCUUUCCUUUAGAGUCACUCCGAAAUCAACCGCGAAUCAUUUUGCCAUCACUCCCUCGGUCAGGCCGCUCUCCCUUCCACAUGCCCGAGAUGCUUAAUACAGGGAGUCACGGCAUUUCUUGAAUGGCCUGCUUAAUCACUUCUCCGUGGUGGCAACGGGAUAUAUAUCCCUCAUCUAGAACUGAACCGGGAUGAAGCCUGUCUUGUCAUGGCAAACACUACCCACCCGUUGAGCGAUUUCACCGCAGUUGCGAAAGCUGACGCUGACGGAGAGGCAAAGGCCACAGCAUUGGCGAAACCACGUGAAAAUGGACAACCACGCACAGUAGCACCAGAGACUCCGGCACAUUCUGUGUCAUCAGCUCCCCUUAGACCUGCCCUAUGGCAGAUCCAUGCUCUGCCCGCGCCAAUUCGCACAUACCCCCUUCCUGCCUUCUACCCAAGCAAUCCGCUUUCUCUCUUGCACAUUGCCUAUACGUGGAUCAGUCAAACCAUCUCACCCCCUCGAGAACCCUCUGUCGUACAUGAGGCCAUUUGGUCGUCCAAGACGAGGUCUGUGAAUGUCACUGACCCAAAGUCUAUCCGUGCACUUUGGGAACAAGGCUUCUACGGCAAGGGCAUUUUCAGCCGAAGUGAACCCAAUUGGUUGAAGAAGCAGCAAGCCCGUCGAGAUGUCAAGGGCAAGAGUGUGGCCGAAAUGUACACGCUGAAACGGCGUGAAGAGCGGAAGCAGAUGAAGUGGGACCGCGCGAGAAAAGAGCAGGAGCUUAUCCAACGAACCAGAUUCGAGGAGAUGCGUGUUGCGCCUGUGGGGCCAAACGAGCUACUCACCUUGCCCAAUUCUCCAAGUGAUCUCCACAGGCUGAUUAUGUCUAUACGUACAACGAAUGAAGCCGGCGCUCGGCAACCUAUGAAUGGUGCUGCUGGUGACAACGAGGCGCAGGUGCCAAUUGAAGAAAGUCCAAGACAGCCGAAUGGCAUCCUCAAGCCUGAUGCUCAGACGAUAAUCAAUGGCACUACAGACGGCAAUGAUACAAUUUCUCCGUUCCCACCAGUCGAUGAUGAUGUCGAGCGGCCGCAGACUCCCCAGGGCGCACUUUCGUCCUCGCCACCAGACGGUACUUCAUCUCUGCUUAGACGCAGAAAGAGUGUGCGAUUCUCUCCCAACGUGGAGUCGACGACAUUCAAGAACUCGGAUCCACCUACCCCAAACAUAUGCACGUUGUCCAAUGGUAACAUCAAGGCUCCAGACAGCCUGUUGGCGAAUGGCACUUCACCGCUGUCUCACGAACCUGGUGUUCCUUCGGUAGAAGCACCAGUGGACGCAGUAGGUACCGAGAUCCCCCAGCCGGUUGUGGCCGGGGCCCCAGAGCUUGUCGAUAAAGAGCACCUCCAGCUUACCCUUGAGGAGACGUUCUUCUUGGUGUUUGGUCUCGGUGCUUUGACGGUGAGGGAUGAAUGUAGUGGAUCCACGUUUCCGGUCGAGCAACUCUUCAGUCUCUGCCGACAGCAGUCCUACAUCCCUACCAAGAAGGGCGACCUUCAACCUGAUGACCCGUUCAUGAUUCAAUACGUGGUGUAUCACCACUUCCGGUCUCUUGGGUGGGUUCCACGACCCGGCGUCAAGUUCGGUUGUGAUUGGUUGUUGUACCAACGCGGCCCUGCGUUCAACCACGGAGAGUUCGCAGUGGUCGUUAUGCCGUCAUACUCUCACCCCCACUGGAAGGCGCUGGGCUGUCGUGCAUCCCCGAAGUCGUGGCAUUGGCUGCAUGCGAUCAACCGUGUACAAUCUGGUGCUUUGAAAAGUAUGGUUCUGGUAUAUGUUGAUGUGCCACCGCCUGCAGGAAGCGAUGAAGACAUACCCACGACACUGAAGCGGUAUAAGAUCAGAGAAGUCAUGAUCAGGAGAUGGUCGACAAACCGCAAUCGCGAUUAAGGAUAUAGGUGUCCUUUGGGCAACUUGAUGUACUAUUUGAGAUGAAGUAUGAGGCAAUUGCAUAGGGCGGCGUUCUGGAUGCAUCAGGAGAUAUGCAAGAGAAUGUCUUAAUGAUGCUGGGCGACACAGGACUGUAUAUCUACCAUGUAUGAUAUUUGCGAUGGUGCAGCGCGCAACAAGGCGGACCUCCGGGUCGUUGCAUACUUGAAUAGCAGAAGCUCAAAUUCGCACAUGAGAAUCAAUGCAACUCAACCUUCGAGCUCUACAA